UGUUGUUAUUAUUGUUACAGUUUUUACUUCAAUUCAGUUUUUAAUAAUUGGCAUUGGCAUCGUAAAAUCAAGCAAAUAAUUAUUUUUGAUCUGAAUAAGAUUAAAUUUCGCAAUGGAACUGUCACAGUUAGAGGAAACAAAAAUUGUAAUUAAGUCGCUUCUUAAAUGCCAUCAGCAUGAAGUUACUGUAGGCAAGCUAAGUCAAGACUUUUACAAAAGUGAAGGAUAUCAAAUACCCUUUGCAAAACUAGGUUAUUCAAGUUUAGAGACUUUUUUGCGAUCUCUCGGUAAUCUAGUAGAGGUUUGUGGAAAAGGUUACAGUGCAACUUUAAAGUUAAUUCAAAAUGAAAACCUUGCUCUAAACUCUGUAAGCUUGGCCAGUAAUGCUAGUAAUAGGGAGUUAACUGCAGAUAUUUUUACUGAAAUUCAGGAUGAAAAACCUACAGUGAACUUACGCAGAAAAUCAGAAGAUGAUGUUGACUUGCCUCCCAAAUGCAUGAAAGAUUUUAAGGUUAACUCGCCGGUUUUUAAUUUUCCUUCACAAAAAAUUGAAUUCAGCACGAAACUUGAAUGCUAUGCUAUACCAGAUAAUGUAUCUAUCAACGCAAUUGAAGCUGUUGUUAUUACCGAGAUCCAUAAUCCGCACAAAUUUUGGUUUCACUUCUGUAAAGAAAAUAAUAAAAUUGAUGAACUCAUGCAAAACAUGCAAGAAUUUUACAAUUCACUUCUACCAAAAAGAUGGCUAAUACCGGACACAUUUUUAUUAGCUGGGCAGGUGUGUGCAGCUUCAGUAAACAAUAUAUGGUACCGCGCUGAAGUGAUUGAUAGAAUUAAUAAAAAUAUAAUAAAGGUGUAUUGUGUUGAUUACGGACUAAUAUUAACUGUUCCUGCUUAUUGCUUAAAAUUUUUAAUAUCAAUUUUUGCUGCACUACCAAAACAAGGAAUUCGAGGAUGUUUAUCACAAAUCCAACCAAAAGGACAGUACUGGGAUAUAGGUGCAAAGGAAUAUUUCAUUUCAAAAACAAUUUCGAAAUUAAUUUUUGCUCAAAUAUCAAAAAUAAAUAAACAGGACCGAGUUUACCAUUUAGCGCUUUGUGAUACCAGUACAAAUAAACCAUUUCAAAUUAAUAAGGCACUUGUUACAAAGGGUUUUGCUGAAUUCGAACUUAAUACGGAAUUCCUUACAACUUAACAUGCCUUGUAAAAGUAUUGGAGGGGGACAUCAGGUGUGUAACCAGCUAGUUUGGAUGGAUAUAUAUGCGAUGUGCGUAAUUCUUUGUAAUAGGAAAUAUUUCUUCCUUGAUUGUCGGAACACGUAAUUGUUUAUGCAGCUGUUCAUUCGUUACAUACCAAGACUAAUUAAUAAAAAUUAAAACUGAAGUUGUGUGGAGCAAAUAGAAAAUAAGAUGCAACUAAGUAGGAAUUCAUUACGAAUGAAAUAAGUAAUAUAAUUAUAUUAAACAUAAAUUAUUUUAUAACUGUACUUUUCGAAAUUGUAAUAUAUUGUAAAUAUGUAUUUACAAAUUAAAUUUUUCAAACUAUAUAAACAACUUUUAAUUAUGCAAUAUAAUAGGAGACGUGGUGGAGGGGCUCAGUAUGUAUAAUGAUCCUGAGAGCGACGCCGGUGGUAGCUACUGACAGCGUCUUUCUUGCCGGUAAGGUCGUAGAUUCAAAUAUCGAAGAAAAUCAGUCUUCAUGGAGUUAUCGAAUAAGCUUCGAAAAUCUCCCUGCACAAGCUGCAGCUGGUACAAUGGAUGUUAAGGUGCCAAAUGCACACUGAAAUAUCAACACAAUGAAUAAAACCUCAACAAUAGAUCAAAAACUGCACUUAAACCGCAAUAACAACUCUUAUUGUUCCUGAAGAAACACUAUCGGAAUGAAGCGAUCGAUUCGAAUUGCAUCCUAGAAUGUACGGACUUUAUAUGAAAGUUGAAAAUUUACAGAACUUCGAAAUGAGGUGUCUAACUAUAAAUUUAAUAUUCUUGCCAUCCAAGAGACUAGAUCCAAUGACAGCGGAGUAAUACGUGAUCAUAACAUGGAAUUUAUUUACUCAGUUAGACUAGAAAUCGAACAUUAUAUGGAAAGGGUGGCAAUUCUUAUUUCUAAAGAAGUAUCUAAAACUCUUAUUGAAUGGUUGCCAAUAAACGAGAUUAUAAUAAAAAUUAAAACCAAAGCUCACAGGCUUGUUUUGAUAAACUGACCUGAUCUGAUAAAAAACUGUGAGAUCAGAAUUUGAUGUAUGUUUGUUUCCGUUUACAUAACUUCUUGAAUAUUGAUCUUUUUGUUAGAGAUCAAAGUUAGUUAACAACUAAACAUUCUUUAAAGUUGCAUAUUUAAAAUUUUUGGUUUUAAACAAAAUUUUGGAAUUUCAGGAUUAAAUUUACAAAAAUAUUGCUUGCACGAAAUAAGUUGUGAGGAACGUCCCUAUAACAAGAGCGAUACAUAAACAAGAACAACGGUACCUCGGCAUAGACUUGACUGUUUUGGUAAUAGAUUAUUUAAAAAAAAAUUUAAUGAAAAGAAUUUAUUAAUUUAAGGCAAUCAUUAUCCUUCUGGUUUUAUUAAGUUAUGUAUAAUAAAAUACUUACAUCAUUUUUCAAACUAAGUUGCUAUUAAUAUUUUUAUACAAAUAAAUAAAUAAUAGAUUAAAA